UUUUUGUGCUUGAGAUAAAAGGCUACUGAUAAAAUUGUAGAGAAGAGUUUUCAUUCACAUCUUGUUGAAAUUUUUCUACUCGAGUAACUUCGAUAAAAUAUUGACCGCUUUCAACCUGCCAUUUUAUUGUGCCUGAGGUGCUUUGAUAAACAAACGAGUUUGUUCGAGAGAAUCUAGAAAGAGACGCGUCCAUCAGGAAGACAUUUGGACGAGGAAACAAUUUUUCUCGUUUCAUGUUGAGUGACUGAACAAUGGCCUUCGUGGGAACUCUGUAUACAUUGUUGCUCGCAGGAGUGGUCUUAGGACAAAGCGCACACGCGCGUCACUACGGGAGAAUAAGAGAAAGAAGAGAAGCUGAGUAUAAAGUCGAGGUCACUACCGGUGUGAAAGAUGGAGCAGGAACGGAUGCUAACGUUUUUAUCACCAUUUACGGGUCUAACGGACAAUCAAUGGAAAAGAAACUUAAGGGAAAAUUUUUUGAAAACAACUUCGAGAAAGGAAAAGUCGACAACUUUGACCUGCAAUUAGCGGACGUUGGUGAAAUAAAAAAGAUAAAAAUAAGGCAUGAUAAUUUGGGAUUCAUGCCAGCAUGGGAUCUUGCGAAGGUCACAAUUAAAGCUCCGGGCGGAAAGAUUUAUAUAUUCCCUUGUGGCUGUGAUCUUAAAACAGGGUCUUUGUCCAGAGAGUUAUUUCCCGCUGGACAAGAAUCAAGUCAAAUACCUGAGGCGGUAGGAGGCUGUGAUGGUGCCGUGUUUAAAGAUGCUUCCCACUGUUGGCCGUUCAACGAAGCUCAAAGUGACUCAUCUCCAGAUCUUAAAGGAAGUUUCCCUGCUCAACUGAAGGAUGGAGCUGGAAUUGUUGACUCGAAAUCAAGAGGAAAAGUCGCUUCCACACUAGCGCAAAAUAGCUGGAUUAAUUUGGGUGAUUUUAACGACCGGUGUCUCAGUAACCCUAAUUUGUGCAUGGACGGAGUUACCGUGAUAUUCUGGGCAAAAAUAGACCAAUCAGCUGUCUCGAAGAAUCCUCAACUUCCAAAAUACGUGUUUUCAAGCGGAGGAGCAGACAAAAGGUCUCGAGGGUUUGCACUCUUCCAUGAAAAUGGCAUGUUUAUCCUCAGAGCUGUGGCUGCUCAAAAGAAAUGGAGGUUGACAAUAGAAAACGGGAAAAUACCGCUUAAUUCCUGGUUUUCAUUCGCUUUCACUUGGAAAAAAGGAGAGGGGCUUAAAUACUUCAUCAAUGGGCAAGAGGGUGGUUCCAAGCUCGACGGAGAACAACUUCAAGAAGUCAGUGGAAAAGAAUUCAACGACCUCAGGAUAAGUAAAGCAAAUAGCAACAAUCUUGUAGAGGAGAUGCUACCGUUGAAGUUCGACCAGCUCGUUACAUGGACUAGAGUUUUACAACCUCAUGAGAUAAGCAUGGCUUUCGAUCAGGGUGGCGGGAAACCAGCAAAUGAAGGACAGCAAGGCAAUCCACAAGCUUGCGAGCCUAACCCUUGCCUCAAUGGAGGGUCUUGUCAGCUCGAUGUUGACAGCCCUGACAGUUUUGUCUGCAAAUGUCCACCAAAAUUCAGUGGAAACAAAUGUGAAAUCAACGAAGAACCGGAGUCACAGAGCACUCCAGCUACAUCUGCAACACCUACAACUGCCACUCCAAGUAAAUCUCCAGGUGUUCCAAGGGGAGCAGCAACUGCUGGAACACCCACCACUGGCAGUCCUACCAGUGGGGUUUCUUCUACUGCAGCUUCUACCACUGCAGCUUCUACCACUGCAGCUUCUACAACUGCAGUUUCUACCACCCGAGCGCCUACCACCGGAGCAUCUACCGCCGGGGCAUCUACCACUGUGGCAUCUACCACCGGGGCAUCUACCGCCGGGGCAUCUACCGCCGGGGCAUCUACCGCCGGGGCAUCUACCACCGGAGCAGCUACCGCCGGAGCAACUCCUACUGGAACAGCGACCACUGCAGCUCCUACAACAGGUGCCGGUAGUUCAACGUCCGCAGCCUCUAGCCAAGGUAAUAUUUCUGUUAUGUAUAAGGUCCAGAGGUGGAUAGGAGAAUCCUUCAUUUUAAUUAGUCAAGAAGUCUCGAUUACGGGAGGUGGUUACUAAGCUGAGAUAAGCUGAGCCAUAUAAGAUAUAAAACCGGAAAAAAAAUAUUUUGUUGUCAAUCAACCCAGUUGAAGCGCACUUUUCUCUCGAACCAUAAAAUAUCAUGCGACGAGUUUCAGAACUGUAUACAGAAAACUCAGUAACGCCUUAGGACAACAAUAGCUUAAACCUUGGAAUUGUACGUGAUAAGGACUUGAUUAUUGAGACCGCAGCAAAACCACAGAUGAAGGCCGGUUCGAACUUGUUGAGGAAAGCUUAUUUUUCAUUUAUAUUGUUUUAUAGACAUUUAAAUGUCAACAGUUUAGUACAAAAUUAUUUGUCAUGGCAAAACUAGCUUGAUUUGACUCAGAAAAGCUUAAGUAUGUUUCAGUGUAAAAUUCAAAAACUCAAAGCGUCGUUACGUGUUUAAAAUAUCAGUCGCAAAUAUCGUUCAAUUUUAAAGCAGCCGCAGAAAAGUUCAAAGUUAAAGAAAAGAACAAGAAAAAAAAAAUAGAAUGCCUAUUUUACACAGAUAAUGAUUGGCCCCACGAGCAACAGUGACUCCUCAAUGCUCCGAAAGAUGAUUUUCCCAUUAUGGCGCAAAAUUCUGUGAUAUCCAUCUCUGGUCCCUAUAUUACAUAACAGUUAUUCACCUCGACUGCAUGAGAUGCCUGGUAACUCAUAAGCACAUUGGGAACAAGGCCAAACAGACUGAAGACGAUAUCACACACGCUGAAUUUGACUUGACUGCGACAGUGAUGACUGCAUGAUACUGGGUUGUUAACGAAGAGAGGAUGUGGAUUCAUUCUUUCGACAUUCAAUUCACGCCUCUCUAGUGCUUCUUUUUAGCAUUACUCAUUUUCCUUACAAAAGAUUGC